AUGCCCAAACUAAAGAACCCCCUCCUCCGCCGCAAAUCCUCCUCUUCCUCCCCCUUCUCCUCCCUCCCCCGCAAAAACCCCUCCAUCUCCCGCUCCUCCAGCAGCAGCACCUUAGCCAAAGACUCCUGCACAGCAACAGCACAAGACCGUCUCAGCGACACCGGCAUCCCGCCCUCCCUGUCUCCUCGCGGCGUAAACCAAGACGUCCUAACCCUGAUGAAAUAUAUCCAAGAAAACACCUGGAACCCCAUCCCCUUAGUCUCGGGAAUGGGAAGCGAAAGAAUCAGCGAAACCCUCCGUUUCCGCUCCAGUCUGCCUCCGAUAGUCAGUACGGCACAUCUCUUCGCUUUAAGUGUUAGCCCUACAGAGAUUGAAAGGGAGAUGGCGGGCUUGAUACAGGCCGGUGUUCUCCGGAAAAUUGUUAUCCCUGGUCGGGGGAAGGGCGGAGGGGUGGUGGGGGAGGGUGUAGUCUUAGUUGAGGAAUGGAAGGAGUUGGUCAGAUCCUGUGCGGGUUUGAGCGAGGGGGUGAAGAUGGAGUAUUUGAGGCUGAUGGAGGAGGCGCCGACGGGAUGCGCGACGACUUCUGUUAGGACGUUGAAGGGGGAGGAGGUGAGGGAGUUGGUACAGGCCGGGUUUUUAACGAAUCCUUCUGCGUCGGCUGGUCUGUCUAGUCCUAUGGAUCUCUUCGCCUCGCCUUCUUCGUCUUCGGGGCUGCUGAAUGCGGGCUAUACAGCACCUUCGGGGUCCCUAGCAGCAAUAGGUGGAGCCGGCGCCGUGCAUGACAAGGGCGGGGGCGGCAGUACCCUCGCCACGCAACCCCAUCGCCCAAACCACACGGUUAUCGCCUCGGCAUAG